UUGUGCUUUCUCCAAUCUUCAAUGACGUAGAUACAUCUUGGCCAGCGACUGCCUCACAAUGGACGACCCAACAAAGGCAGAGUAUGAGCUCCAGUCACAGACACUACGUGCCGAACUAAAGACGUGGGAAACCUCCUGGGCAAAGUCCCACGAUGGAAAGAAGCCGGGCAGAGACGAUAUCAAGUGUAACGCUGAUAUAGCGCAAAAGUACAAGCAAUACAACAAAGUCCGCGAUAUCCUUUCGGGAAAAGUUCCUCCACCUUCAAAAGAAGUCCCGAGACCGAAGAAGCAGGACGAAAUCCCUCCUCUUGCCAGAACUCCGUCGAAGAAACACAAGCACACUGAGACGCCCUCGAAGAGAAGAACGAAUCCCGAAGAUGUCGGCCUCACCACCACCCCUUCGAUCUCCAGAACCCUCUUUAGCCCUGUAGCCCCAAGGUCAAUUGGACCUACACCACAGCGCGAUGGCCGUGUACUAGGACUGUUCGACCUGAUGGUAGAGCGUGAACUCGGCACACCGUCAAGAAAGAAUAUGAAUAUCAACACCUCUGCUGAUGCCAGAGUGAUGACGACACCGCGAAAACGUGCAACGCCCAUGGACGAGGAGGACGAUGCGAAGUUUGGGCGGACGCCAAUGUCCACGGGCAAACGACAAAUGCUAGACAGCUUCAUGACACCCCUGAAGAACAAAGCUGUUCCUGCAGCAGACGCCAAAACACCUACAACUGUUUCAAAGCUUCAGUUCAGCACCCCGUCCUUUCUUAAAAGACAUACCCAACCACCACCAAGCAAGAGCGAAGACUUUGCAGCGCCACCACUCCGACUGCCUCGGAAGCCGUUGGUCCGUGGCCUCAGCGCCAUCGUGGCAAGUCUUAGAAAAGUGGAAGAAGAUAACCUGGACAACGAAGAUGAACUCGAAGCUCUGCGGGAGGCAGAAGGGGAAGUUAUGCAGCCGAAAGUACAUCCGAAGCCGAAAGCGGAUAUUCUCGCUGCAGACAGUCGGGUCAACCUACCCCUGGGAGGAUUUGACGAAGAGGCUCUUUACGACAGUCCUGAUGAAGAGCAGGUGGGACGUGAUGGAAUGCCAUUGAGGAUAUUCAAGAAGAAGGGGCAGAAACGAACUACGAGGAGAUCCAACAUGAAGCCUGUCCACGUCAAACGGCCAUCUGCCCCCGCCGAGGAAGAGAAUCAACAAGAAGGCGACGAAGAAGAAGAAGUUGUGCCCAAAACACAAAACAGUGGCGAUCCAGAGGACGAUUAUGAUGAGCUCGCGGGCUCGGGCUCAGACUCGGAGUUUGACGAAUCGGCACCCAAGGCCAAGUCCACGAAGAAGAAGGAAGAAAAGAAGACUGAGAAGAAAACAGAGAAAGAGGGGACGGUCAAGAAGGCUGUCAGAAAGGUGAACGCGAUGGCGCACACAAACUUCCGGCGAUUGAAACUGAAGAACAACGGCGCGAAAGGCGGAACCGGAUACAACAGCAAGUUCAGAAGACGACGCUGAGUCGACAUUUGCAUUGCAAGGCGUUUACAUGGAAAACGAUAUCCCAUUUCACAGUCCUGAUGAAUACAUGCCCACAAUAACAUAUCAUUAUCAUGAACUACCCUUGAGCACGUC